AGUCCCUAAUAAACUCCAUGUGUCUGGAGACGAAAAGCAGCCGCUCCCCCAGCUGCACCCCCUCACCCCAUACCUGCCACCCCCAAAUACCCUCCGCCCCCAGACCCCCCUUGCCUUCGUCUGGGGCGGCCCAGCCCUGCGAGCCGCCCGCCAGUUGUGCAAAUAUUGCCGGAACGGCUGCAAUCCCCAUGUCCAACGUGAAUUAUGAGAUAUUUCCACCCAUUACGACAGCACCCCCCUCCCCGCCGUGUAUGUGCGAGGCCGGGGGGGGAUUAGUCACGGGGCAUGGCUUCGUUCUGCACAGAGCUUUGGGGAGGCCAUAGUAAGUGAGGUGAGGGGGGCUCUUUUUGGAGAGGGGGGUGUCUCUGUGGCUCCCCAACUCCGGUUGGGUCUGGCCCCCGUUACUCAUGGCAUGGGGUGUCAAGGUGCCCGGAGGAGGAUGGAGGCUGUGGGAAGGGGUUAGGGCGUGCGGUUUCUCUUCGACCCCAUCCCUAGGGAGAAGAGGCUCCUUCCUGCCGCCCUGAGCCCGGCUCAUGUUCAAAGCCUGAAGCAGACAGCAGCUAAUAGGGACAGACAAUAGGGAGCUGCAUGGGGCGGCAGUGCUGGCACAGGCACCCCUAAGCCAGGCACGGCACCACUGGGCAGAGAGGGAUGAGAUGGUGGCCCCUCCGAGUGACCCCUCGUGGCCACAUGGCCACAGAGCCCACACAGCCCACGCAGAGUCCACAGUGGAGUACCAUCAUCAGUGUGCCCACCCUGACGUGCUCCGGCACCUACAUGCCGUGGGGCCGGGCACCUGCUCCUGCUUAUGGGGUGGUACAGAGCAGCCGUGGCUGCCUGGCUCUGUCCCCAUGCAGCUCCAGCUGCCCGCAGCCGGCAGCCCUGUCCCGCUGGGGCUGUGCCGGCGCCAGGCCCGGCUGCAGGGAGCCUCAGAGCCGCCUUUGUGCCGGGAGCUCCCAGUGCAUGUGCGGGCGCCGGGAACCAGCUGGCGGCACCGGGACCCUUUCCCACCCCAAAAGCACAGAGACCCCUGGGGGGCACUUCCAGGACUUUCAGGACCGCGUGGGGCUGUAGGGAUGCCCGUGUGCGUCCUAUCUCAUCUCAUGCCCGUUUCCUCCCAACCCAUGUGCUCCUGUUGUAGCAGUGACACCUCGCUACCCCCGUGCCCUCCCCAUGCCUCAGUCUCUCCCAUGCCAAGGCCAUGGCUCUCCCAGCUUUCCUUCCUUCCCGGGAAAGGGGAGGGAGCUUCCCCUGUUGCUUCCCCACAUCCCCACAGCCGAGCCAGGAGACUGUGACGAGCUCCGGGUGCGCGGAGCCAGCGGCAGAUUCCUGGCACCGGCAGGGCGGCCGGCAGCCAUCGCCCGCCUCCUCCUCCCCGCUCAGCCCUGCUCGCUCCCCGCCGUUCCCCCCAGGCUGCACCACGGCGGUGGGCACCAGGCGGUGACGCUGGCACGGCCACGCAGCCCCCAGCCCUCCCCUGUCACCGGAUCCCAGGCCAACAGAGACAACGGGAGAGAGGAGCAGGGACAGGCCUUCCCAUGGUGUCUGCUCCCUGCCCACCACCGCUGCUGCCCUCAUCAGCCCGGGCACAUGUGGGUGAAGACCAGAAUCCGUGCUGGGUGCUGCUCCCAUGCCCUCAGCCACAGCACCUCCCUGGGACCCCAGGUCUUGUUCUCAUGCUUGUGGGAACGGUCCUGUGGUCCUGCUCUGGGAUUGCCCUCUGCACUGGGAUUUGGGGAUGCCAAAGGCACAUGUUGUGGGGGCUCGCAGCUCCCGCUUGCCCAUGCCGCCGCCUAUAAAGCGGGGCCGGGGCCGGCGGCCGGGCAGAGGCGGUGGCAGCGGAGGCGGCAGGCAGCGCCCGGCCCCCCCUCCCCGCCCCCGGCCGCCCGGUUCCCCCGGUUCCCCGGCACCAUGCGCACCGCCCUGCUGCUGCUCGCCCUGCUCGCCCUGCCCGCCCGCACCGCCCGCCCCAAGCUCGCCCUGCCCAUCCGGCCCGACAGCGAGCCGCUGCCCCCCGGGGGGGCGGCAGGUUGUGCCUUCGGGGGGCAUUUCUAUGCGCUGGAGGAGACGUGGCACCCCGACUUGGGGGAGCCCUUCGGGGUGAUGCGCUGCGUGAUCUGCCAUUGCGAGACGCAGAGGAAUCGCCGAGGGAAACCAGUGGGGAAAGUGAACUGCAAGAACAUGAAGCAGGAUUGCCCUGUUCCCACCUGCCCCCGUGCCACGCUGUUGCCUGGGCACUGCUGCCACACCUGUCCCAAAGCAUUGCCAGGACCCCUGGAGAAGAGCUCCGAGCCACCUUUCGACACCUUUGAGUACUUCCAGGACAAGGAGGAUGAGAUGGACAAGCCGUACAACGACCGCUCCUACCUCAGCUCCGAAGGUUUGGCACGCGACGAUGCCCGCACAGAAUUCGUGGCCCUGCUGACAAGUGGCCCGGAGCCGUGGCACCCCACAUCCAGCGCGGUGGCCAAGGCUCGCUUCACCCUGCUGCGCUCCUACCUGCUCUUCUCCAUCAGCUACGAGCGGCUGGGCCGGCCGAGCCGGGUGCGUUUCAGCGACCCUGAUGGCACCGUGCUGUUUGAGCACCCAGUACAGAAGAGCGCAGCCCCUGAGGAUGGCAUGCUCUGUGGGAUGUGGAGGACGGUGUCCAAAGCCAACAUACAACUGCUGCGUGCUGAGCAGCUCCGCGUGUCCCUCAUCACCCGUGCGCAGCCCUCUGGAGAGGUGCACGGGCACAUCCUCAAGCACCGCGCGCUCUUUGCAGAGACAUUUGGUGCUAUCCUGACCUCGUCAGACCCCACACAUCUUGGGGCCGGGGGCAUGGCUAUGCUGACGCUGAGCGACACCGAGAACAACCUACACUUCAUCCUCAUGGCCCGUGGGCUGCUGGAGCCGGGCGCUGGGGAGUCCCCCUGGGUACCGCUGCGGGUCCGUAUCCUGCACCAAGGCCAGACGCUUCGUGAGGUGCAUGCCAACAUCACUAUGGAGGACCCCGACUUUGCGGAGGUGCUGAGUGACCUGUCCACCCAUGAGCUGCAGUGGUUGGCACAGGGGCAGCUCCGCAUCGUGGCUGACACUGAGGGUCAGCACCCGCGCCAGCUGGAGGGCACCAUUACUGCCCGCCGCAGCUGUGACACCAUCCAAAGCGUGCUGUGCGGCGCAGACGCAUUGCAGCCCACCAAGACGGGGGCGGUGGGCUCAGCCAAGCUGGCGCUGCAUGAGAACGGCACGCUGGAAUACCAGGUGCGGGUGGUGGGCACAGCCAGCGAGGUGGUGGGGGUCACACUGGAGACCAAACCGCGGCGGAAGAACAAGAGGAACGUCCUCUUUGACAUGACCCCCAGCUAUAGGGACGGGCUGGCUCAGGGAGUGUGGCACAGCCCCAGUGCCCGCGAUGCGCACAUGCUGCUGCAGAACGAGCUCUUCCUCAACGUGGCAACCAAGGAUUGGGUAGAGGGUGAGCUGAGGGGCCAGGUCAUCUCCCUGCCCUACAGCGGGCUCUUGGCACGCUACACAGAGAUGCCAGUGCCGUUGGCGGGGCAGCUGGUAUCCCCCACAGUGAGCAGCGGGGCCGGGGGCCAUGCAUGGCUGUCGCUGGAUGAGCACUGCCACCUGCACUACGAGAUUGUGGUGGCGGGGCUGGGCCGCCCAGCUGAUGGCACAGUCAGCGCCCAGCUGCACGGUGUGGCCGAGCUGGGCGAGAUGGGCUCACGGCCACACCUGCACAAGCGGAUGCUCAAGGGGUUCUAUGGCACUGAGGCUCAGGGGGUGGUGAAGGACCUGGACGCUGAGCUUCUGCAGCACCUAGCACAGGGCACUGCGUUCCUGCAAGUCAGCACCAAGGCACACCCACGUGGGGAGAUGCGGGGAUGGGUGCACAUCCCCAACCGCUGCCAGGCAGGAGGGGCCCGCCUGUCCACCGGGGAGGCUGGGCUCUCAGAGGGCCCCAAAAGCAGGGAUGUAGAACAGCUGAAAAAGGACCCCAACUCCUGCUUCUUCGAGGGGCAGCACCGUGCACAUGGCACCCGCUGGGCACCUGACUACGACAAGAAGUGCUCCAUCUGCAGCUGCCAGAAGCGCACAGUGAUCUGCGAUCCCAUCCUGUGCCAGCCCCUCAACUGUACCCGCCAGGUGCACCCUGAGGAGCUGUGCUGCCCCGUCUGUGAAGAGAAGAAGAUGGAGCAGGAGCAGCUGAAGCUGGAACGGGCGCGGGACAGCAGUGAGGGCUGCUACUUUGAUGGGGACAAGACGUGGCGAGGCUCUGGCACCCGCUGGCACCCCGUCGUGCCGCCGUUCGGCCUCAUCAAAUGUGCCAUCUGCACCUGCAAGGUGAGUCUUGGGGGUCUCAAAGCAGGGGAGCUCCAGUGCCCCCCUGAGUCCUGUGCACGCUCCCCACAGGGCACCACGGGUGAAGUGCACUGCGAGAAGGUGCAGUGCCCACGCCUCACCUGUGCCAACCCUGUGCGCGUCAGCCCCUCCGACUGCUGCAAGCAGUGCCCAGCCCCUGAGAAGAGUGUCCCUGAGCUGACCGAUGGCAUGCAGGCAGACGGACCCCGUGCGUGCCGCUUUGGGCGCCGCUGGUACCUCAACAAUGAGAGCUGGCACCCCUCGGUGCCACCCUUUGGGGAGAUGAAGUGCAUCCUGUGCUGGUGUGUGUCAGGAGAGACGCACUGCCAGCGCCAGGAGUGCCCGCCAGGUGCCUGUGCCAGCCCCAGCAGGAGGGACAACCCCUGCUGUGCCAAGUGUCGCGCCCUGGAUGCACCCCCAGAAAAGAUGCACGAAGCCACAGCAGAGUCAUGGAGCCACUGAGCAGUGAGCGCAGCUUGAGAGCGCGGUGAUGCCGGAUGGCCCUACAGAGCCCCAUCGCCACCCCCCCACGGCUGGGCACGGGGCACAGAGGAGCAGGGAUGGGGAAGGCACCCCCUCUGGGCACGGCUGCAGUGCUGAGCCACCCUAGUAGCCAGCAGCAGGGCUGGGGGAGCCAGGACACUCUGCACUCGCACUCAUGAGCUCCCGGCUGGUGGGCACAGCAGGCAUCGUGCCCGCUUUGUACAUAGUGUAAAAUCCCUCUCACCCCCGUUUCGCUGUGCCCACCCCAGUUCGUCUGGACUUGGUGUGUAAUUUAUAGGGACGGGGGUCCCGAAUGUAUUUAUUAAAGACAGAGAUAUUGCC